AUGGUUUUGGCUUCGGCAAACGAAACUGUGGAGAGACGCCAGAGACUUUUGGAUAGGCUCAUCGAAUUGCGUCGUAUUUUACACACUCUGAAGGAUUCGAAUAAUUCUCAGCAAGAAUCGAGCGACGGUUUUUCACACGGACCUCCAACUUCCAUACCUAUUCCAUCAACGGGUUCUUUCACUCCACUGAUCCGACGUGUUAGAACUGGUUCACAACACUCAUUGACUGUUCAUGGGUGUUCUCCGGAACGAUCGAGGCGGUCUAAAAGGUCUGCUUCACCAACUCGAUCGACUGGUGGCCACGAGUUCAAGCUCACUUUGGCAUUCCGUUACCUAGGCCAGUCGUGCGAAUACUGUCGUCGUGUGAUUCGCGAUCCAUCCCGGCGCAUCCUGACUUGUUCUCAGUGCCCGGUUGUCUGUCAUCCACAGCACUGUCUUCGGGGACUCACACGACGUUGUCCUUGCAGCUUGAUGUCUUCAGAUUUCUACUCCAGUCUCAAACCACUCCCAUCAAUCCAGACAAAGUCCCACACAGGCACGGACACUGCUAAUCCCAUGGCACCCGCACAAUUUCGUCAUCUAGAAGUUCAUUGUUUGUGCUACUUGGGUGCAAAUCUUACAGAUCAGUGUUGGUCUUGUUUUGAGUGCCGAAAACCUCUCCGACCGGCUCCAAACAGUACUGUGGCGGCUGAGCCCUCCAUGGUCAGUCCUUUCGUCCAAACAACAGAUUGUGUGAUGGAAAGCACCGCGAAUUUGCUCAUGCGCCAAGCUGCCAGUGCUGAGACCAAUCCAGAUGCAAUGCUCAAAUGGGUCACACCUCAGCUACGAACUCAGGUAGAUUCUCUAUGGGAUCACACUGCACAGGUUCUAUCUCAUCAUCCGAAAUUCACCGUACCCACUGACGAUACUGGUCCGCAUUUGCAAUGGGCCUAUGCAGACGCUCAGACUGACUUGGGACCAAUUCAGACGUGGGCUGAUGCCGUUGUAUUGGAAGCGGUGCAUCGCGUUUCACGUACAGACAAUAGCUCCUCUAAUCCCACUUCAAUAUCCGCCAAUCACUUGCGUGCACCACUCCUUUUAAACGGAGAGGUUGUAAAGCCGCAGUCGCAGACAGAUUCCGGAUCCGUUUGUCCCAUAGGAAACACGUUCGAACAACUGGAUCAGGCACGUCUAUGCUAUUACACGGGACAGUUCUAUUGUACACAAUGUCAUUGGGGUGAUUCCCAUCUCAUUCCGGCAUGUUUAUUCACCCUAGGAGACUACAGACCAAAACCGGUUUGCCGAUCUGCUCUGCUGUGGCUACGCUAUACUUGGUCUCGACAUUUGUUUCGCGUUCCCGAUUCAUGGUACCGGUACGAGCCACAAGCGCAAGUUGUUGCGGCUCUCCGCAUCCGCCUGUUCCGUUGCAAACCUUAUGUGGACAGUUGUGAUCAGGCUCGAAUAGUUUGGACGGAGCUGAAUUCCCACGAGCCUUAUUGGAUUUUUGAACAACCGUACACAUUUACAAUGGAAUUGGCCAGCUAUGUGAUUGACGGCACAUUUGCACCGAAACUGAAGAACUACUUGCGCACUUUCGAUGAGCAUGUGCGAUCUUGUCCGGUACGUUUUUUUGGCAACACUCUGUAA